UAGCAGUGCGCCUGACCAAUUGAAGAAGCCAAUGAUGCUGAAUCAGAUGAAGACACCCCCCAGUUCCCAGGCUCGGCAUAUAAGAAAGGUGGGUUGCGACUGCGUACCCUAAGUUCCUUAAAGAAGCUAUAAUGGGUGUGGGAACUCUAUCCUUUACCCCUCCCCGCACCGCUUUCCUUUCAAAUCCUGGACUUGUUCACGACCUGUCCAGUCAGAGGCUCAAUAAAAGCUUCCAAUUCUCGGUGUCGGCAAAACUAGAGAAGGAAGGACCGAAGGCGAAUAAGAAAUCUCUGUUUUCAAGCGUGACCGAAGCUCUGGAUUUUGCUCAGGUGAGAUCCGCGGAGGAUGCCCAGCUUCUCGAAGAUGCCAGACAAGCCACGAGGUCGGGAGAAAGGAUGACCAGAGAACAGUAUGGAGCUCUUCGGAGGAAAAUUGGAGGGACAUACAAGGAUUUCUUCAAAUCUUAUGUUGAGGUUGAUGGGGAAUACGUGGAGGAGGGAUGGGUUGACAAGACGUGCAAGAUAUGCAGAAAGGAUACGAGGGGCGAGGCUAGGCAGCUGGACAAGUUUGGAAGAUAUGUUCAUGUGGCUUGCUUAGAGAAAUCCGAAUCCGGCAACUUCUUCACCAGAUUGUUCUCGGGAUGAUCCAAUUACCUCACCUCUUUUUUUAAACCCUAGUUUACUUUUCAUUUUUCUCUCUUCUUUUCAUAUACACUACAUUCAUUGUUCCUCAAACCAUUGUGCAGUCACGUGCACGUAUUUUGCUUUUGUACUGGGUUCUUUAUAUAUAGAAGUGAAGCUUCAUGCUUUUUCCUCUCUGCGUCAA